GCUCAUUGGCUUGAAGGAAAAAAGCUCAUAUUGCGUCAAAAAUUUUAAAUUUUAUUUUUGUAGUAAUUGAAAAUAGAGGUUAAUUAUAAAAUGGCUAACUUAAAUUAUGAAACUUUAGAACUUCAACAAGUAUUUAAUAACGCAGCAGCUCAUCUUCAGUCUUUAGCUCCACAAUUAAGUGCGACUCAAUUAUUAAUGUUUUAUAGUCUUUACAAGCAAGCUACUUGUGGCCCUUGUUAUAUUUCAAUGCCAAGUGUAUAUCAAAUACAAGCAAAACGAAAAUGGGAAGCUUGGAAAAGUUUGGGAAAUAUGAGUAAGGAAAUAGCUAUGGAAUGUUACAUAAAUAAUCUGGGAAAACUGGAUCCUACAUGGGAAAAAGAUGCAUGCUCCAAGAUACAGGGUUGGGCGAUGGUAAGCAAAAUGCUUAGUACAGACAUUGAAUUGAAUGAUACUGAUAAGACACUUCUAGAUUGGGUGAAAGAUUGCAAUGAAGAGCAGGUACAAAUAUACUUAUCUCAUAAUAAACAAGAUAUACAUUUGAAAGAUGAAAAUGGAAUGCUACCAAUACAUUGGGCUGCUGACAGAGGUAAUCUUCAGAUAUUAAAGUAUCUUAUUGAAGCUGGAUCUGAUGUAAAUGUAGCCGAUGAAGAUGGUCAAACUCCUUUACAUUAUGCAGCGUCUUGUGGACAUAAGGAAAUCGUUAAAUAUUUCUUGUCUCUAAAUGUUGAUUUAAUUAAAGAUAAUUGUGGUAUGUUGCCAAAAGAUGUUGCAGAUCAAACUCUAUCAACUAUGUUCUGAAUAAUGUCAUAAUUUUGUAAUUGCAUGUAUUAAAAAAAGAUGUAUUUGACAAAAAUAAAGAAAUAAUAU